AUGGCGGCUCAAUGGCAAAAGCUUGGCGACGCUUACUACCGCCGCACCAUCCAGUAUGAGCUGGGUUGGUCUGUGCAGCGUCUAGAUGAGUUUCUGGUCGCGUCAUCUGCCGAUAUGGGAUGGAUCGCGCUGACUCGCGACCCUGAACAGCUGGUAGCACUUGGUGACACGUCGGCCAUGGAGCCGAAGAUUCAAGUCUAUACAGGAGCAGGUCAGCUAUUUGAGACACUGCCGUGGGAUGCUCAUGCUCGGAUCGUAGGUCUCGGGUUCACGUGGCGUGAUGAACUCGUCGUUGUUGCAGAUGACGGGCAUGUACGCUUCUAUUCGUGGCUAGUUCCGUACCAUCAUCCACAGCAACACAGCGGUGGCAUGUCUUGUAUUGAGGCAACGCCAACCUCAUACUACCAGGUGCACACACUUGGGAAAGAAGCGACAGAGCUGGGCGUCGCUGGUGUACUCAUAGAGCCAAAGCACAUAUGGGUCCUCCUGCGGAAUGGCUCCCUGAUUGAUGCGCCUUUGACGAGCGACGACAUGUCUGUGUGGUCUGAGAUGCCGCUUACUAUAGACACGCAUGUGUUGCCUCCCCUCAGCACGCCGAGGCCGAGUCUGUAUGCAUGGACCCCAUUCACUCGACACGGAGAUGCGCGACUUUUCCUCUCGACCGACACAAGCGCAUGGUCCGUCCAUCGUUUCGACGGGUAUGCUAAGGAGGCGUAUGAAGAUGGUCCAAUGUGCGCAGUGAGUUUCAGUCCGAAUGGAAAGCUCGUUGCUUGGAUCAAUGAGCGACAGGAACUGAUCGUCGAUACGGUCGGUCCUUCUCGACGCCGCUUGCGGACGUGGGACAUUACGAGCGCUCAUGCGUACCAAGUAGCACCACUUGCAUUCCGCACACGAAAACUACUUGAGGAUGCAGAUCUGGUCGCAACGCCCACUGACAAAGGGGGAUUCGCUGCGUCGGGCGUGCACGCCAUGACAUGGUGUGGCGAUAAUGCCGUGGCUCUUGCCAUCUGUGAUCAUGUGCUGUUGGUGGGCCCGCAUGGCGAGCCGAUGGACUUUCCCGUGCGAGGGAUCCCGUACUUAUUUGGCAGUCACGAUGGGCUACAUAUCGUGCACCGUGAUGCACAUGAGCACAUCGGGAAGGUGGAAGCGCCAACGCUGCGUGCGUUGCGUCCAGGAUCCACGCAUAUUGCAGCGAUUCUUCUGGAUGCAUCACGCCUUGCUCAGCGGCACCGUCCCCAAGCGUAUGAAGCUGUACGAACGAUCCAGCACGAGUUGGCAUCCGCUGUGGACACGUGCAUUGAAGCGGCCACGUAUGAAUGGCUCGUCGAUACCCAAACAGCUCUGUUGCAAGCGGCGCUAUUCGGUAAAACAUUCAUCGACACGUACGAACCAACGCGGUUCCUGCAUGUGGCGCGCUUGAUGCGCGUGCUGAACGCUGUGCGCACACCGUGGAUUGGGAUCCCAGCGAGCUUCGACGAGACACAUGUCCCGAACCUCUUAUACCGUCUUGCUUCCCGCGGCCAGCACAAACUUGCUGUACGCAUGUGCGAGCAUAUGGGUGUGCGGCCAGAUGCCGUACUAAAGCAUUGGGCACGGGCGAAGGUUGCGCGUGCACGUCCCGUGGGUUUGCAUGGAGACACGGCUCGUGACGAAAGACUUGCGCAUCUUAUCAUCGACAAGUUUCAGACUGCUGGCACACUCAGAUACGCUGAUAUUGCGAUGAACGCAUGGCAUGCAGGUCAUCCACGCAUUGCGACACUGCUGCUGGACAAGGAGGUGCGCGCCUGUGAUCAGAUUCCACUGCUUAUGCACAUGCAAGAAUACCGCCUUGCACUCAUGAAAGCUGUUGAAAGUGGCGAUACAGAUCUCAUUUUGCAUGUAAUACUGGCACUGCAGAGUAGUCUUGCACGAGGUGCAUUUUUCCGCAUCGUGCAGUCGCUGGACUGGCCGUCAUUGCCACCGCCAAGUCAAGACGCACAGAAAGUGGCAGCAGCUGCAGCGGCAACAACAACAACAACAACAUCUGCAUCAGCAACAGCAGUAAAGGCCGAGCCUACCGACGUGGUGGGACUGCGACCGACGUCUCUACCGACGUACACGACACUCGCGCCGCGUCUGCUUGUUUCGUAUGGUCGUGACUACGAUCGGCCGUUGGCGCACGACUUUUUCUACCAAGAUGAUCGACAUGCCGACAUGGCUCUUCUUUGCAUCGAUGAUGCCCUGCAGAUGGAUGCAUCGGUGCGUGCGGGUGCAUUGCGCCGUGCGCAGCGGCAUUUUGGCGAAGAUCGGACGUGUGCAAGCGAAGCAAGACUCACAGACGAGACAUGCUCGUUGCUUGGUGUUCAAGUAGCCAUCCAGGCUGAGCUGAACAUCGCGGAUACCACUGGCAGACCGCCGUCACAGGUCCAAGGCAUGUCGUUGUUCGACACCAUUCUCACCUGUUUGAAGCAUCCGAAACUGGAAAAACGUGCUGAAAAGCUCAAACACGAUUUCCACGUGCCCGAAGCACGCUACUAUGCAUUGCGUGUGCGCGCAUACAUUGCAACCCAAGAUUUCCACUCUUUGUGGCGGCACGUCACGUCGCGUCGACCGCCUCAUGGCUAUGUGACAAUUGUCCAAGCACUCGUGCAUGCAGGUCAUGUCGACGAGGCAUCUAGGUACAUGAAUCGUGGCGUUACGAUGGACAAGGCGAAUCGAGCCAAGCUUAUGUACGUGUGUGAAAAUGGCGGGCAGAAGCAUGGCGGAAACUAA